AUGACACCUCGAACAGUCAUUCUCUCUCGUCCAUUUAUUAAAGUUCCAUCCCCUUUCGAAUUUAACAUUUCCGAAUUUUUACCGAGAAAAAGUAUUGGAUGCAAAACAUCCAAUGCUUUUAUGAUUUAUCGAAAAGUUUACGUUAAGACGUUAUUACGAUUAAAGCUUCAUUCCAAGAUGACGAAUGCAUCCUGUUGGGCGGCAGAUUCUUGGAAAGAAGAAUCAACCGAAGUAAAAAACGAUUUUAAAAAAUUUGCAAAAAAAUUAAAAGAAAUUUAUCGGAAUAAAUCUAAAGAAGUCGAAACUCGAAAAUCAAGAAUAGCACAAUUUACAAAAGAAAUUACAAACGAAGACUUAAUAAACAAUAAUGAGAUAAAUUUAAUGUCAAAUGAGUUAAUGCCUUUGGAAAAUCCUAUUUAUUCGAAUGAAUAUGAAUAUGUUGAUAUGAAUCAA